AUGCAUUUUUCCACCUUCCUGAUUGCCGCGAUCGCUUUGUGUGCGACGUCUGCGUCCGGUAAAUGUUUCCAAACCGGAAAGAAUUGGGGCGACCAUGCGGAGGCCAAGAAACAGCUGGCCAACGCUUGUAACGAGUUAAAAGGAACCUACCACCCACGUCAAAUCGCUGCACGCUGCCGUUAUAACUCUCCUGGGCAAGUGAGUUACAUUUUCGAGAUAGAAAAUUACAACAGCGGGGACGCACAAAUUCCGCAAGACGAGUGUGAGAGAAACCUAGGGGCUCAGAUCGAUAACUGCGGUCAUGGCGGUGAAGCAACACACGCGGGUGUGCGAUUCAGGGCCGACCCGAACAAGGGGAGCUGCUAG